AUGAUGACUAUCCUGAAGAGUUUACUUCGUGGAGUUCCCUUGCAGCCAUACUUUAGAUGUAUUGUCCGACAGUGUCACUCCGCUCAAGAAGUGAGAGUGCGAUUUGCGCCGAGUCCGACAGGAUUCCUGCACUUGGGCGGUCUGCGGACGGCGCUGUACAAUUACCUCUUUGCCAAGGUGCACCAAGGGAAGUUUAUCAUGCGGAUUGAGGACACCGAUCAGAGCCGAAUUGUUCAGGGCGCAACUGAGAGACUGCUUCAGGAUCUCCAGUGGGCAGGAUUGACUCCUGACGAGAGUCCUCUCACAUCCUCAUCUCACGGGCCAUAUAUCCAGAGUCAGCGCCUGGAAAUCUACCACCGGGAAGUGAAGAAACUCCUGGACAACGGCAGUGCGUACUACUGCUUCUGCACGGAGAGGCGUCUGGAGCUGCUCCGGAAGGAAGCCCUGCGCGUCCGCCAGGUGCCCAAGUACGACAAUCGCUGUCGCCACCUGACUCCGGGCCAGAUUGCCGAGAAACUCGCGGCAAAGGACACUUUCUGCAUCAGAUUCAAGCUCAAGGAGUUCCACGAGGCGUUCCGGGACAUGGUUUAUGGAGAUCUUUCCUACAAUGUGGCUCUAAAUGAGGGUGAUCCGGUGAUUGUCAAGUCCGACGGCUUCCCCACGUAUCACUUCGCCAACGUGGUGGAUGAUCAUCUCAUGGAAAUCACGCACGUCCUGCGAGGAGUCGAGUGGCAAGUUUCUACGACCAAGCAUCUCCUGCUCUACAGGGCUUUCGGCUGGACGCCUCCUGUCUUCGGUCACUUGCCGCUGAUCAUGAAUGCCGACGGAUCAAAGCUGAGCAAGCGCCAGGGCGACAUUCAGAUGGAUUACUAUCGGAAGCAGGGAAUUCUGCCCACUGCCCUCAUCAACUAUAUCAUCCAGGCGGGCGGAGGAUUCGCCAUAAACCCUUCAGAUCGCCUCCGAAUCUAUCAGCUCGGGGAUCUCGUCCAAAAGUUCGAUAUAACAAGAGUGAAUUCACACUCUUCCCGCCUCAAUCCCGAUAAUCUUGCUGAACUGAACCGCCUUGAAGUUCAGAAUCACGUGUCGGAUCCACAGAAGUGCGAUCUGCUCGUCGGCGAACUGCGCCGCAUGAUCCAGGAAGCCUAUCCGAAUCACAGGCUGGAUCUCAGCGAUGAACACAUCCAGACUGUCCUCAAGUGGGCUUCCAAUCGAUUGACGAGCCUCAACGAACUCGUGGAGGGCAAACUGGCCUUCCUGUGGAUCGUGCCGCAGCUCAAGGCGUCCGAAUUGACGCCACAAAUCCUGGAUGAGCUCAUCGAGAAGCUGGAGAGUGAGAACUUCACGCGGGACAACCUGCAGAGCCUGCUGAAGGACUUCUCGUCGAAGAACAAUCUCACAUUCAGCAACUUCAUGGGCUCGCUCCGGGCGCUUCUCAGUGGCUUGAAGGAAGGUCCUGGCGUGGCGGAGAUGAUGGAGAUUCUGGGCAAGAAGAACACGAUCCAGCGCAUUUUGGUGUUGCGCAAGAAACCUUAG